UAUGGGGUUGGCAAUUGUUGUGUUUGAAAUGUUUUUAACGUAUUUCAUUAAUUGAUUGAUAUGAGUUUAGUCAAUUUGUGAUUGUGCGCUUGUAAGGCUUUUGGAAUUGUAGAGAUAAAUUUCGUAAACAAACAUGGAUGUUCAAACAUCAAGUACUCGAAGAAAAAUAUUAAGUCAUGCAAUUUGCAGUAUAUUAACCGAGUGCGGUUUCGAAUCAUGUGAAAAAGGAGCGUUAGAAACUCUAACAGAAAUGUUACAAUCAUUAUUAUGUGAAAUUGGCGAAUCAGCCCGAAAUUAUUGUGAACUCUCCGGUAGGACAGAGAUACUUGUAGCCGAUGUACUUCUUGCUUUAGUUAAUGCAGGUAUCAGAAUGGAUAACAUGCAUUUGUACGGACUACGAGCUAAUAGAACACUAUUACCUCCUCUUCAACAGCAAACUCUAACAAAGCAGUUAAAUAUAUUACAAGCGGGUGUUAAACAAAAUCACCCAUCUCAUAUACCUAGUCAUUUGCCACCGCUACCUGAUCCUCACGCAUAUAUUAGAACACCAACACAUAAACAACCAGUAACGGAAUAUGAAGCUAUAAGAGAAAAGGCUGCAACGCAGAAGAGAGAUAUUGAAAGAGCAUUAACAAGGUUUACAGCAAAAACUGGAAAAACACAUAGUUUAUUUCUGAAAGAUGAUAAUAGCAUGUUCCCUUUAAUAGGAUGUGUACCACAAUUUCCUAGCUAUCUUUCUGCCCUUCUACCACAAGAUCAAAUCUUUGAUUCCGAUAGCGAUUUAGAAGCAAGUCCUGUUAAGAAAAAGAAAGAAAAAGAGCCAGAAAAUAAGUCGAAAGAUGGAAAUAAAGAAGCAGGAAACAAUAAUCAAAAAGACAACGUUGAACAAAGUGAAGAGUCUAAUACACAAGCGGAUGUGAUAGACAAUCCAUAUUUAAGGCCUGGGAAAAUUCCAAAAAAUAAAUUGCCACAUAUGUCAAGAGCAAAUGAAAGUGGAGUUUUGAGUUUUUAAUGUAAAUAAUAAAUUGUACAUAUGA